GUACCAGUUCACUUUAUUUCGUAAAGAAUCAGCAGUACUGAACAUUGUACAUAUAUGCAAUUCUGUGACUAUUUUAUUUGAAGAUCGCAAAUUUGGGAGAUGUUGCGUGCCGAUACAUGGGCUGAUGGUGAUGGGGAUCUCAGCCCAAAGAGACAGGCAUUUAUACGGCAGAUAAACUUACAGAAGUUACGAGACAAAGCUCAGAAAUCGCGUUCAGACCUGCUGGGGCAAUUUGAGACACAUCUGAGUGAAUUGGUUGAUGACAUUCUCACAGAUGUUGAUGACAUCGAACAGAAACCACCAGAUGCUGUUGGUGAUCACGUUAAGAAGAAAAGAGAUGAAGGGAGUCUGCCCGAUAAAGAAUUUGUUGCCAGGAGGUCCAUUCUUACGGAGCUCCUUGAAAUCGAUCACAUCCGCACCAUAUAUCACAUCUUCGUCGCCAUAUUGAUUGUGUUCAGUUUACAGACGCUCGUCUAUGAUUGGAUCGAAAAGGAAAAUUUUCUACCAGAGUUUGAGCUCAUCACGUGGGCGUUUGGUAAAUUCCCUAUCGUGAUCACGCUAUGGGUUGGCAUGGUUGGAUGCACAAUGUUCAUUGUUUAUCCGAUGUUCUCUUACUGGGCAGCGAUGAGAUCUCCAGGAAAAGGAGGUGUCGCAGACUACAUCUGGCUGACAAUCUACUUAAUCUAUCAAGUUCUAUUUAUAACUCUUCCUAUCUACUGGACGGCCCAGAAUGAGCUUCCUAUCGCUUCCAAAGUGAUUGUCGCAUCGGAGCAGGUCCGUCUCAUCAUGAAAGCACAUGCCUUCAUCAGGUCAAAUAUACCUGGCGUGAUUCAACAUAAAAAAAACGAUGAACUUUCAUCCAAAGAAGGAACGGUCCCAGAUUUCUCAAAGUAUUUAUAUUUCCUGUUUGCACCAACACUUGUUUACAGAAAUUCAUAUCCCAGGACAGCCACAAUACGGUGGAACUAUGUAUUCACAAACUUUGCCCAGGUUUUCGCUUGCUUAUUUUACGUUUAUUACAUAUUCGCACGGUUCUGCGUGCCGGUUUUCAAGAACUUCAGCCAAGAAUCGGUCACGCCCAAGAAGCUUCUCUUCUCUGUGUUCGGCUGCAUGCUGCCAGGGACCCUUGUUCUCUUCAUCACAUUCUUCGCAGUGCUGCACUCCUGGCUGAAUGCCUUUGCCGAGAUGUUACGGUUUGGCGAUCGGUUAUUCUACAAAGAUUGGUGGAACAGCUCAUCAUUUGCCAACUACUACCGGACGUGGAACGUGGUCGUCCACGACUGGUUGUAUACAUAUGUCUACAAGGACUUCUAUUGGUGUUGUGGUAAAAGCAGCCGACCAGCAGCGAUGGCGAUCGUAUUCCUCCUCUCGGCCGUUGUACAUGAGUACAUCCUGAGCGUCUCCUUUGGUUUCUUCUAUCCUGUCUUGUUCAUCUUGUUUGCUGGCGCUGGAUUUGGCUUUGUAUUCCUGAAUGAUCGGCGGUUUAAGCGUAGUGGCAACAUCUUCAUGUGGGUAGCACUGUUCAUGGGCACAGGUAUCUUGAUGUGUUUGUACAGCAUGGAGUGGUACGCCCGGCAGAACUGCCCCAUUACAACGGAUUCCUUCAUCGAUUACCUGAUCCCUCGGUCGUGGACUUGUGAUGUUUUGUUCGAGGGAUUAUAGUUACAGAAACCAUCUUGGACCAGAGACUUAUGAUAAACAAACUGAAGAUGAAUGGAAUCGUUGAUAGAUUGGGUUUAACAAUCCUGACUUUUGUUGCACCACUUCCCAAGAGACAUUCUGAAAUGUGUUAUGUUUAAAGAAAGUGUCCGCGUGGAUCACAAUGUAGGCACAGUCUUUUGAGCUCUGGGAUUUGCAUCUCAUUUCCAACUUGUUGCACAAAUUCCACAAAGACGUUCUAAAUGCAAUCAUGUUUUCAGAAGAACAUUCGCAUGAAUCAGAGUGUAGACACAGUGACUGAACUCAUAGAGUUGAACUCUUCCUUUCCUGUAUCUCUUUAUUUUUAAAUGGGUCACUAGUGGUGUAUUUGAUGCGGUUCACCACACCAGAUAGGUACCAGGGUUAGGUGGCGAAGAGCUCCUUGAGUGAGGUUGGCAGUCGCCCCCUAAACUGUCUCUGAAUACAGUUGUCAGUUGUGACCAAUUUAUGCCUACAAUAUACUUUUGUGAAGUCAGAUGAAUUACCUCAAUAAACAGGAUGUCAGCAUCCCAUUUAAAAUAUUAUUCAAGACAAAACUUAAACAUAACACUUUUAUGCUGUUGUGUAUCAACCUUGAUUGAAAGGCUGUGAAUUUUCUUUAUCUUAUGUAGACCUGUACCAGUGUGUUGAUCAUAUGCGUGUGUUAGCUUGUGUAGGUAAUUGUUUAAUAGUAAUAAUUUAUAAUGUAGUUGUGAACCUUGGUCAGGUGCUGGUUUGAAUCGAAUGCCAUGGAGUCUUUAAGAGUUUCAUGAUGUAACCAUACUUGAUUUGAUUAGUAUUUGAGUGGUGUUCAUAGAGCCUGUAAACUUAUGUAGACUUCAACUUUUGUUGAUGGUAUGAACAAUGCUAAACAUGUGCCAUUUGUGCUUAUUUGGGAACAACCUUUCUGUACUUUUCUCAACAUGACUGUAGAUUAUUGUAUUUAUACAUGUAGUUCUGUGAAGCAAAAUAUGCCACUUACAUGUACAUGUAUUUUUUCAGAUAUGGUGAUAAAAAAUGUUUAUUUUGGUACUUGCUGAAUGAUGAAUCACUUAAGGUAUUGGACGGAUCAUGGAAGUUUAAACCAGUUAUAAAUUAACUUCUAGAUCAACAAGGUGGGAAUACUUGUCUACAACCAGGCUACAUUAUGAUACUUGUGUUAGUAGGCCUUCCGUUUAAGACAGUGUAUAUUGUGAUCUAUCAGUUAGUAUUUGGCAGGGUAUCUAUCAUACAGGUGCAUGUGUUUUGGUUUUUGGACGUGGUACCCGGAUAUGAAACUAUAGUGUUGUGCCUUAUGUACAUGUAGUUAAAAGUUCGAUAACAGAAUGAAAAAGGUUAUUACAAAAUACCUCCGUCAAUUAUUUAAAUCUACCGAAAAAAAUUUUUUUUUUGGUGUACUGGUUAUUUCAGUGUUUUGGCCAAAGAAACAUGUCUUAAUGAUGGCAUAAUACAAGCUAUGUAACUUCAAGUUAGCUAUUUCAAGCUUGACACCAUUCAAUAAGUGGACCACUAUUUUAAAUAUUUAUGUUGCCUAGCAAUAGUAAUUGUAUCAAAUUUUAUUUUUCAAAAAGAAUGGUACUAGAUGUUCUUGAACAAAUGAUAAUAAACUUAUGUAGAACAUUGGAUAAUGA